AUGAAAAAGUUCUUGUGUCCAAUCAUUGGGGUAGAUGGAACCUUCUUUAAAGGCACAAUGAAAGGGACUUUGCUUAUAGCGGUUGGACACGACCCUAACAAUCAAAUCUAUCCGAUUGUUUGGGCUGUGGUACAAGCUGAGACAGGGGACAAUUGGUUAUGGUUUAUGAAGAACCUAGAGGCUGAUUUGGGGUUUGAAGAUGGCAGUGGAUAUGUCAUCAUUUCAGACAGAUGCAAGGGACUAUACUUAGUUCUGUUAAAGCCGAGUUGCCAAAUGCAGAGAGAGCAUAGGUUUUGUGUGAAGCACAUCUGUGUGAACUUGAAGAAGAACCAUACAGGGAAAGACUUAUUGAAGAAGCAUAUGUGGAAUGUUGCUUGGAGCUGUAAUCUGACUGCAUACUGA